AAUUAUCGUUACUAGGCAUCGAUGCCUUGCAUAGCGAAAACAUAAACAAUUGGUAACACGUGCGCGGCUUUUACAAAUUGUUCAUAGAAAAUGGAAUUAUUCACAGUAAAUCGUUACACCGAGGAGCAGAGCAAAGUGAUACAUGGAAGCGGCGAGACUACGAAUGAAGAUGACAUUUUACAAAAGCUGCUGCACAAAGCAGAAAAGCGUAAACGAAAACAUAAAAGCAGCGAGACAGCAGUAAAAGAAGCUAAAGCAGAGCAAAAAGACAACGAGGAAGAGACAACUGUGCAAGCAGUGGAUGCAGCAGAGCCACAGAUAGGUAAAACGUCCACAGACCCUGAGGAAACGGAAGAACCUUCAAAUGAUUUCCAAGUGGUCGGAGCAGAUGCCUCAGCGGCUAAGAGACAAAAAGUGGAAAUGGUAUUGCCGGCUUGGCUGGCGCAUCCUACAAUUAUCGAAGGAGGUAGCCUGCAACCAGAUGACAGUACCGAUGCGGAAGCAACUGCCACAUCUAUAAAAAAACUGCCCUACCUGGAGAAAUACACCUGCAGUGCACUCAAGCAGAUGAAGAUCAGUCGCCUCUUUCCCGUGCAGACAGCCGUUAUACCUUGGAUAUUGGAGGCGCAAGCCAAGCCGGAGCCGUUUCGACCGAGAGAUAUCUGCGUCUCAGCACCCACAGGCAGUGGAAAGACAUUGGCUUUUGCCAUACCCAUUGUACAGCUGUUGGCCAAGCGCGUGCAAUGCAAAGUACGCGCUUUAGUGGUGUUACCUGUAGCAGAGUUGGCACUGCAGGUGUAUAAAGUUUUCAGUACACUGUGCAGCAUGACGGAGCUGGAGGUGUGUCUGCUAUCCAAGCAGCAUCGCUUGGAGGAUGAGCAGGACAAGCUGCUGGAGCAGUAUAAAGGUGUCUACUACUCCAAGGUGGACAUUGUGGUCACUACGCCAGGUCGCCUGGUGGAUCAUUUACAUGCAACCAAAGGCUUCUGCCUGAAGUCGCUGAAAUUUUUGGUCAUUGACGAGGCGGAUCGUAUUAUGGACGCUGUCUUCCAAAACUGGCUCUACCAUUUGGAUUCACAUGUUCGUACGACAGCUGAUCAACUGCUAACAGGUGUGCAGGCGCCGCUUUGCUACCAGGAGCUGCUCAACAGCUACGGCAAACAGCCGCAUAAGUUGCUUUUCUCAGCUACGCUCUCCCAGGAUCCCGAAAAGCUACAGAACUUGCGUCUGUUUCAACCCAAGCUCUUCACCACGGUGCUCACCAUGCCAGUUCUACAGCCUGCCCUUGACCACGGAGAGUUGGCCGAUCAGGCCAGUAAAUUCAUUGGCAAAUAUACAACGCCUGCAGAGUUAACAGAGCAGUACUGCUUAACGGAAAUGCGACUCAAGCCACUUACCCUGUAUGCCAUGGUGUGCUCGAAUAAUUGGAAGCGGUUUUUGUGCUUCGCGAAUAGUACCGACACAGCCAGCCGUUUGACCUUUGUGCUCAAGCAUCUGUUCAAGGAUUCAGGCACAAAUGUGGAGGAGUUGUCCGCGAGUAUGUCGGCUUCGGUACGAGGCAAACGUCUUUCGGAUUUCGUGCGUGGUUCUAUUCAUGGCCUCGUCUGCUCGGAUGCAUUAGCACGCGGUAUUGAUGUGCCCAAUGUGGACAUUGUAGUCUCCUAUGACGCACCUCGUCACAUAAAGACUUACAUACAUCGUGUGGGCCGUACGGCACGUGCUGGUCAGAAAGGCACAGCCAUAACACUGCUCACGGACAAGGAUCUAGCACAUUUCAAGAAAAUGCUUUAUGAGGUGGGCAAAACCAUGGGCGAGGAGCUAAUCAUCUCACCGGACAUUGAAGUCGAACACGCUGUCAUCUACAAGAGCGCUCUAGAGGAGCUGCGCUGGCGCCAAGAGAAACGAAAGAGCGCAAUCAAGGUGCAGAAGAUGAUCAUUUCACGUAAAGGAGCUGUGCACCAGAAACCGGACGAAGAAUUGACUUUAAUGGAGAAACUACAGCGCAAAGCGGGCGCCGAAGUGGUGUCCAAAGUGCCAAAGGCGGCGAAACAUGCCAUCGCAAAGACCGUGAAACGGUCUAAGUUGAAACGCAAACCUAUUAAAAAGUAAAAAAACAAUUUUCAGGAUGUAAGUGGGUAAAAUUGCCAUUAGGGAAUGUUC